CCGCGGCUCACAGCGCGGUGCUGACGCGGACCAAGCCGCAGCGCGGAGCAGGGAUGUCGGCGUGCUGACGGAGAGCCGCUCGGUGUCUCUGUGGACCGGCUGGAGAACAGACCGCAGCCCGGAACAGACCCUCCGGCCGGACUCUAGUGGUUCUGAACCCGGACCCUGCGUGAUCCUGCGGCCGGACUCUCCGGGUUCCGACCCGGAUCCCCAUCAGCGCGGUUCCGAUGGCUGGACACGGCUGGGAGGACUGGUUCGAGCGGGAGGAGUUCAUCGGACAGAUCAGCGACAUCCGAGUCCAGAACCUGCAAGUUGAGAGGGAGGGGGUGCAGAAGAGGACCUUCACCCGAUGGAUGAACCUCCACCUGGAAAAGUGUGACCCACCCCUCCAGGUCCAGGACCUGUUCCAGGACAUCCAGGAUGGACAUAUCCUCAUGGCUCUGCUGGAGGAGCUCUCAGGCUGCAGACUGCUCCACAGCUUCAAGAAGUCCUCUCAUCGUAUCUUCAGACUCAACAACAUCGCUAAGGUCCUGUCCUUCCUGGAGGAGAGGAAUGUAAAACUGGUGAGCAUUGAUGCAGCUGACAUUGCUGAUGGGAACUCCUCCAUCAUCCUGGGUCUCAUCUGGAACAUCAUCCUCUUCUUCCAGAUCAAGGAACUGACAGGAAACAUCCGGAGCCAGUUCCCCUCCAUGUCCAGCCUGUCAUCCAUUCCCACCAGCUCCGACUCUGACACGUCCUUCAGCAGCACACCGUCUGAUGAGAAAGUAUCUGUAGCCACCACCAUGAGGGAGAACAGCAAGGCCAUCAAGAAGCUGCUGCAGUGGGUGCAGAGGAAAACUCGGAAGUAUGGCGUGGCUGUGCAAGACUUUGGGAAAAGCUGGACUAGUGGUCUAGCCUUUCUGGCCGUCAUUAAGUCCAUUGACUCCAGUCUGGUGGACAUGAGGAAGGCCCUGCUGAGAAGUCCCAGUGAAAACCUGGAGGACGCCUUCAGGAUAGCCCACUACAGUCUUGGUAUUCCUCGGCUGCUGGAGCCUGAAGAUGUGACUAUUAACACACCAGAUGAGCAGUCCAUCAUUAUGUAUGUUUCUCAGUUCCUGGAGCACUUCCCAGGCAUACAGGAGAACGAGGAAUGCAGCCAGCUGAUUGAACGGAGCGUCUCCAUGGGCCGACUCAACUUCCGUGACUGUGAGUUAGACCAACUGAGAAACGGCGCUCAUCUCAGCAGGGUGAGGCAGUGCUCCAGCAUAUUUGAGAGGUGCUCCACCAAACCCCCUCCCAAAGUUUUGAUAUCUUCAGUGUCAGAGGACCGAAGUGUCCUAACUCCAUGCCUCAAGGUGGCUGCAGCUCGCUCAUGGUCCAGUGAAGACAUUUUGACAGACUCGUCCCAUGUAGAAGACAUCUUCAGCAGAGGGAAUGUAAACCCCAGAGAUCAGAGCAGUAAUGUCCUGAAAGACCCAGCCUGUGACUCCCCACAUCAGCCCUACAUUCACUCGCCUUCAUCGGUGCCUGAGUCACUGAUCGGUGACUCUGCUAUCAACUCACCGGACUCCUGGGUGGAGAAUGAGCUAAUGCCUGAGAGGUUUUCAGAGAGUCACAGUGAUAGUUCUUUGUGGGACAGUGGGAAUACCUGGGAUGUUUACCGGGCUACACCCGUGGACGUGACUCCAGUUGAUGAAGGGUUUAUGUCAUCCAUGGAGGACAGAGCUCCCGAUGAACAGUCCAUGACCGAGUCAUGCAUCGAUGAAGGGGUAAGCUCAAUGGACAGCAACCAGGAGAGAAUCCACAGGCAGGCAGAUAAAAUCCAAGAGAAGGAGGUGAAGGAGAACCAGGAAGACCUGGAGAAUCACAACCAAGACUUGAUAACAGAUAUGACACCUCAUGUGAGAGAACCAGACAUUACAAAACACAGCAAACAAAAUCCUUCUGAUACUUUGUAUGAGACCAAAGUACCAAGGAGCUCUGGUGUUGAAUAUCCUCUUGAAGCAGAUCAUCUGAACCAGUUUGAACCCUCCACUGAAACACAAUCUAAUAAUGAAACCACUUCUGGUCAGAGACCCUUGGAGAAACAGGAAGAAUAUCAAGACACAAAGAUCAAUGGUAAAACUGAUUUCAGAUUUACCCCCGAAGUAAAAGCUGAAAGUCAGGAAACAGAUUUUCCAGAACACAAAAGAGUGGACUCAAGAAAUGAGACCGAAAGUUUACAUGAAAGAACUGACAUACCUGUAGAAAUACAGAAUGAAGAACUUCUAAAGGUUUACCAACACUGUGAAGAAAGCAGCAGCUUAGAGGCUUUAGAAGAAACAGAUUCAACCAACAAUAAGGGAACAUCUGAAAUAAGUCUGAACGUUCCUCUUAUCUCCAUCACCAGUGAGCCAGAGGAGCAGGAGGAAGAGUCUGACCCAGGAGAACAAAGUCUGCAAGGUAACUCAGAGCUCCAAAGUCCUCACAGUCAAGAUGGACUAAACCAUGAUCAAAGUGAGGACAAUGUCCAAGUCUCUGCUGAGUGCCACAUAGAAAAUGUGCUUCUAGACAAUGGACUUGAAGACAGUGAUGGGACAUACUCUGUGGGUAACAAUGAGAUUAAACAGGAGGGACGUGGUCCUGGAGAUGGUCCUCAGGAAGAAAGGGACGUCACAGUUCAGGGUUCUUCUUCAAACUCAGAAAACCAGCUUGUAAAUCCUGACAACACAGAUUUGUCUUAUGGACACCAGGACAAACCAACUGAUGCCUUUCCUGAAACUGGGACAGAAUGUACUCAGGAGAACAUUUGGGAUCCAAUCACCUUCCAGGAGAACAUUUGGGAUCCAGUCACCUUCCAGGAGGACAUUUGGGAUCCAGAAUACACCCAAAAUGAUAUUAUAGAUCCAGUCAACAUCCAGGAGAACAUUCUGGAUCUAGAAAAUACACAGGAGAAUAUUUUGGAUAUAGAAUAUACCCAAGAGAACAUUCUAGAUCCAAUCACUGUCCAGGAAAACAUUGUGGAUCUAAAAAACACCCAGGAGAACCUUUUGGGUUCAACUGACUUCCAAGAAAACAUUUUAGAUCUAGUAGACACCCAGCAGAACAUUGUGGAUUCUGGUUCUUCUAAGCUGACUGGUCAGACAGAAAGGCCAUGUCCUGAGUCAGUCGGUGUCUCCAGAACCACAAAUCAGUUUUACUCCAAUUUGGACCGAAGUUCUCCCACAGAAGACCUGGUUGGUGAACUCUUGGAACCCAUGGAUCUGUUCUACCCUGACAAGGAAGACCUCAUGCUUCCAGAACCUCAUGAUGCUGAGAUGCAACGGUGGCCUUCAGUUCUAAGUGUCUCUGCUCUGCAGCCGGCGCCAGCUUCUGAUGGACCAGAGGACCAACAGCUUGAGCUGCUGGGAGAGGACUUCAUGAGAGCAGAAGAGGAGGAAAAAAAUGUGACCAAUCAGUCCAUUCAGAACCCUGCUGACCAGUCUUCAUCCCAGGAUCAGUGUGUUCUGUGUGGGGUGGCCAUCAGACCACAUGACCCUGAUGCUCCAGCAGACGGCGGUGGAAACACUGAGUUUCUGAGGACGGACGCGGGAAGUCCCAAUAGACCACAUGAGGUCCACAUCCCUCCGGUUCUCCGUCACAGGAAGGGUUCUCGCCUCUCGGACUCCUCGGACAAACGGAGAGCUGCACUCAGAUCAGCUGAGAACCAGGACGCUGACACGUGGUGCAGGGAGAACUGUGAGCUGUGUGUGCUGCUUCUGCUGUGGCUGCUGCUGUACUCCUUCAUGCUGCUGAAGCAGAUGGACCUGAAGAUGCUGCCGGGCUUGCUGCUCAACCUCCAACCAUGAACACGUACACAAACACACACACUGAAACACACACUGACUGACCUGCCGUCCUCUUCGUCACGCCGGCUGCUGCACUCGACUUUCAAUGAAGGCUUCUUAAAUGUUCAUUUCAACGGCUUGUUCUUGUUUGAUUUUGUAAGAAAUAUGGAGAUAUUUUGAUGAAAAUGUUACACUUUUUAUGUAAAAAUGAAGACGAGAGAUGUACAUUCACAGAUUCGUAAAGUUUACAGACUCGAAGAAGUAGAUCUAUCAGACUGAAGCUGUUUGUUUGAUUAAAGUCCGUCAGAAAUCCAUUAAAACUGUUUAAGUGAAAGAA